UGCGUUUUACGACAACCGACGUUGGCUGUGCGCCCACAGAACGAGGAGGAAAUGCACUUACGCAUACCACAAUGUCUGGCACUGCGGUGAUGUGGGACUCGAUGUUGGAGAGUACAUCCAUACCCACUAAAACCCCCUUGUGCCGCUUGCGCGGCUGUUCGGAGAUGAAAACCUGCGGGCGCAGGCCAACGGCGGAGAGCACGUUGUCUGAUGGAGGGUCUCCGUUCGAUGCCCUAACUCCAUCGAAGCAUCUGUGCAUUUUGACCUACCCGCAUCCCCACUCCCACUACAGGAGCAAGAUAAUGAUGCGAAACGGUUCCCCUUGGACAGGGUACUAG